ACACAGAGAUGGCUUGUGGAGUUCCUUUGGGGAUCUUGCUGAUUUGUUUAGUUCAGGCAGAGCAUGUGCGUUGUCUGUGGGCUACACAAGCUCGGGGACAGAGCGGCAACACAUAUGUUGGCUUCUCGCAGCAGAGGGGUGGGCUAGCUGGCAGCUAUCCCCAGAAUCGACCCGGACAGGCCUCUGGUUCUCCUGGCUUCGCCCAGAGCAGUGGCUUCAACACAAACCCUGAAGUUAGCAGUGGUCAUAGCCAGAGGUUUCCCAGUAGCCGCUACACACAAACCGCUUCACGGCCGGCUCAAAGGGGCUUUGCUUCAGGCAAGUUGGCUCCGAGCGGCUCUGAGUCAAAGCCUGAUUGGCCACCGACCAAGUUGAAUGAGGCACACGUGCAGAAGAUGCCCAAAAAGCAGCCGUUUGCCUUCUCUGGUUCUAUUGCUGGUGGCAGUUCUCUCAGCAAGUACAAUCGAACACCGAUUAGCAAGAAGAGACCUGGACCCGGUCAGCAGGGUUCACCAGGUACUAGCCCGUAUCGGUCCAGCAGUUCUGCAUCUCUUCAGAAGCCUAGAGAAAGCUUCAAGUCUUCAGCUGUUUCUGAAACGCCAGCCUCCUCUGGGAGGGAAGGUUAUUCUACGGAGUCUUCCAGCCCGUCGGGAGCCGGUGCGUCACGAAGAAUCCCAGUUCGGACCAAGACCUCAGCCAGUGCCGCUGCUAGAAGGGUGUCUUCACGUCGUAGUUCUGUAGGCUAUAGACCUAGACCCGACUCCAGCCAGACUCUGGCUGUGAACCCGUACACAAGCAAACGGGUUCCUGUGAAUGUCCGUGACCCCCCUUCCUCCAAGACCAGCAGUACGGGGACCUCUGGUCAGGGGUUCGCUCCGUCCACAACCCACAACAUCCCUCAGCGCUUCGGUGGCUUCGCUAUCAGACGGCUGAAGGAACCUGCUGACCAGAAGGUAGUGAGUGUCAGGGAGCCGCAGCAGACCUACGUGGCCCCCCAGCGUCCCCUUGCACCUCCUCUGCAUCAGGUCUAUGCCGCACCCCAGCGUCCCCUUGCACCUCCUCACCGGCGUCCCCUUGCUCCUCUGCAUCAGGCCUCCGUGGUGCCCCAGCAGCCCCUUGCCCUGCAACAUCAGGUCUACGUGGCCCCUCAGCGUCUCCUUGCACCUCCUCACCGACGGCCCUACGUGGCCUCCCAGCGGCCCCUUGCUCCUCUGCAUCAGGCCUCUGUGAUGCCCCAGCAGCCCCUUGCCCUGCAACAUCAGGUCUACGUGGCCCCUCAGCAGCCCCUUGCACCUCCUCACCGGCGGCCCUACGUGGCGGCCCUGCAGCAUCAGGCCUACGUGGCCCCCCAACGGCCCUCUGCAUCUUACAGGUCCUGAGUGUCCGUCCGGGGCCAGUUGGAAGAGGAUCAGGCCCCGUGAGGGACCGUAGCAGAUGGGCGCAGUCCUGGGAUGGAUGUCUGGUGUUUUUGAAUAAAUAAAUAAUUUUA